GCCUAUUUAAGGGCACGCUGGCCGGGGACCAAGUCGCCAAGCACCCAAUCCACCCUCCAAGUCCAGAGCGGCAAGCUAGCGGUAAACAAGCCACCACCUCGGUCGUCUCGUCUCCGCGCUCUGCCCAUGGCGAUGACCCACCACCAGAACGGCGGCGCCACCGCCGCCCGUGCUGCGGAGGACGGCAACAUCAACGGCAACGGCCACGCGGCGGCGGCGGCGGAGUGGCGGUUCGCGCGGGCGGCGAAGGAGGGCGCGCUGGCGGCGGCGGGGGACAAGAUGAGCAUCCGCGCGGUGCGGUUCAAGAUCAGCGCGAGCGUGGACGCGCGCGACCCGCGGCCCGUGCUGCCGCUGGCGCACGGGGACCCCUCCGUGCUCCCGGCCUUCCGCACCGCCGCCGAGGCCGAGGAAGCCGUCGCCGCCGCGCUCCGGACGGGCAGGCUCAACUGCUACCCCGCCGGCGUCGGCCUGCCCGACGCCCGCCGUGCUUUGGCGAAGCACCUGUCGCGUGAUCUUCCAUACGACCUAUCCUCCGACGACAUCUUCCUCACCGCUGGAGGCACUCAAGCCAUCGAGGUGGUGAUCUCAGUUCUAGCCCAACCGGGCACCAACAUAUUGCUGCCAAGACCCGGGUAUCCAAACUACGAGGCGCGCGCCGCGCUGAACAACUUAGAGGUUCGCCACUUCGAUCUGAUUCCUGAGAAAGGGUGGGAGAUCGACAUAGACUCUCUGGAGUCUAUUGCUGACAAGAACACCGCCGCAAUGGUCAUCAUCAACCCCAACAACCCUUGUGGGAGUGUGUACACCCGUGAACAUUUGGCCAAGGUUGCCGAGGCAGCAAGGAAGCUUGGGAUCUUAGUCAUUGCUGACGAAGUGUAUGGCAAUUUGGUUUUCGGGGACUCCCAGUUCAUCCCAAUGGGCGUCUUUGGGCACAUCGCCCCAGUGUUGAGCAUAGGAUCACUCUCAAAGAGAUGGAUAGUGCCUGGAUGGAGACUUGGCUGGGUUGCUGCAUGCGAUCCCAAGAAGAUCCUGCAAGAAACUAAGAUUCUUACGUCAAUCACAAACUUCCUUAAUGUUUCAACUGAUCCAGCAACUUUCAUUCAGGGAGCACUUCCACAAAUUCUUGAGAACACAAAGGAAGAUUUCUUCAAGAGGAUCAUUGGUUUGCUAGAGGAAACAUCAGAUAUAUGUUAUAGAGAAAUAAAGGACAUCAAAUACAUUACUUGUCCGCACAAGCCAGAAGGUUCCAUGUUUGUGAUGGUGAAGCUGAAUUUGUAUCUUCUGGAGGGGAUCCAUGAUGACAUUGAUUUUUGCUGCAAGCUGGCAAAAGAAGAAUCGGUGAUUUUGUGCCCAGGGAGUGUUCUGGGAAUGAAAAACUGGGUUCGGAUAACGUUUGCCAUUGAUUCAUCUUCUCUUCUGGAUGGCCUUGAGAGGAUCAAAUCUUUCUGCCAAAGGCACAAGAAGAAGAAUCUGCUUAAUGGCAUCUAAAGUUUUAAGUGUAUCUGGGAUCAAAGUUGUUGCUCAGUUCCAGUGUUUUCCGUUGCCCCGUCGAUGAAUGUGGAACUUUGAGUUUCGUAAUAAAGUGUUAAUCUUUUCAGACCAC